UUUGACAGCUCUGAUAUACCGAAUAGUCCAAUAGAUAUUUAUUUUUUAUAAGCUUAAGCUUAAUAUCAUUAUUUGUUAACUAAACUGUUUUUUUAUAAUACAAGAAAAAUGGCGUCAUAUAGCAAUCAGCAUUGGUUGCUUUCUCACAUACGUAAUUCAUUUAUUUCAACAGAUGAUACGGGAAUGUGUGAGACUGUAAUGUUAAGUGAUGACAUGCCUAAACAUUAUUUGCGUAAAUAUCAAGGUGCAUCUGUUUCAAAUAUCGCUACCCAAAAUAAACAACAGCAAAGAAAGUCACUUGGAAAUAAGCAACAAUUUCAACGUAUUUUAGAUCCAGUGUUGCAGGAAGUGGAUUUUGUGUGUUAUCCGGGGUUAGACCAAAGUGAUGAUGAAGAUAUGGACUCCACCACUCAAUCUUUUGAAAUUCAAAUGUAUCCCGAAGUAUGGGCUCAUAGAUUUCGUUCAAAUACUGCACAAAAACUAGAGAAAAUGGAUAUGGCACGAAGAAAGGCCGCUAAAACUAAAUCUAUUAAUUACGAUGAAGAAAUUAUACCCCCAGAGCGGAAUGAUUUCUUUGUUAAGAAAAAAGUUACAAAAUCCUUACAAAUUACAAAGAACAAUGAAAAUGUCGUUAGAGAUAUUGAUGUGACUGAUAACAUAGGUACUAGUAGUAAUACUGCAGUAAAAAGUAAACUUGCUCUACAGUUGGCAAAUAGUCCAAAGCAAGUACAAAAUAAAUUUAUGGAAUAUGCACGCUUUGAUGGCACUUCUCAAGCGGGAAUACAGACAAAACGUAUACAUGUAUUUUUAAGUAUGCUUCCCGAACGGGAUCGUAAAACCCCUAUAAAAAUUUGCGUUCUGGCUAGUGCUAAAAUCAUAGAGGUCAUCGGCCUCGUUUGCUAUAAGGCAACAAUACAAUAUCCCGAGAUUCCACUAAAAUCUAUUCGACAUUAUGCACUUUAUAUGACUGAAGAUAAUGACGCAAUGGAGGAAUUUCCUCCCCUGGACGAUAGAGAACCUUGUUCUAAGUUUGGAUUUUCCCAUCUUACCUUAGCAGAGCGACGGCCACUGGCACAAGUAACUCGUAUUGAUUAUGCUAAUAAUGUGGCAACUAAAUCGAUGACAUCAGAGGAAGAUAAAUCAAGAGUGGCUGCGGCUGCGGUUCGAUCGAUUCAAGAUAUGGAAACAAAUACCGGUGGAAUUAGCGACGAAGCUGAUUCUAAUUGUAUCACUAACAAUGAAGAAUAUGACGAACGUAUGAUGAGCCAUAAUGAUAUGUUGGAAGCACCAAUGUAUCGCACUUAUCGCCUCAUUAUUAAUGAGAAACCAUUCUUUAAAACGGAGGUAACGCUGGGCAUCUCAGGUGAACGUAUUGAAAUAGAUCAGCACAAAAAUGCGAAAUUCUGGACCAAGCAAAAAGCGGUCACAUAUCCCAUCGACGUUAUAGCCUCAUGUGAAAUUAUAGAGAAACGUCAUUUAAAAGCAACACUUCGCAUUUGGCUAAAGUCCUCCUCGUCAUCAUCAUCGAAUAGCAACAAAACAUCAACUGAUAUGAAGUCAAUGACACAUGCUAGUGAAAGUAGUAUGGUCGGAGGUGUUGCAGGCGCACAGUCACCUAAAAGUCCCGGUCACUAUCUGCACGUACCCUCGUCGUUCGGCCUUUUUUCAACUAGUUCCGGUAGUGGAAACAGUGCUACAGGUCAACAUUUUCCUCAAAUGCGAUUUAAACACUAUGAUUUUGAGGCUGAUACUCACACCGCUGAACAUAUUCUAAAUAAAUUAAGUUGUAUACUUAACGUUAGGUCCAGCGAAGUGCGCCGUGAAUUUCUGCAAUCAAGAGAGCGGAAACAAGAUAAAAAUCAAGCUAAAAAGCAUUUAAAAAUGUAGUAUCUACGACUAUACUGGCAUUGCUUCGGUGUGAUGUUGGACGCUUGUGUGAUUGAAAGCAGCAAGCAGAUCUCGUUGCUUUCCUUAUUCAAAUCGAAAAAAGAACGUUCUCUAUACUAAUGUUGUACAAUAGUUAGGUAUAUCCGCCAUAAAUUGACACUGCAGAAAAUUUCUGUGUUUUUGAAAAUUAUUUUUAUUACCCUGACUACUUUUUUCUUUGACUGUCUCAAAACUACACUAUGUUUUUGAAUGUAUUAUUUUUAAAGCAAAUUGCUAUAAUCUCGUAAAAGGAUAUGUAAGUUAUGGAAAAUUUAAAUUUAAAUGAAUGUACACAUGCAUGCAUAGUAUAUAAUAAAUAGAUUUAAUUGUGACCAAUAAAUAUCCUUACUGGAAUUCUUUGCGGGCAUUAUUUC